CCUCCCGGCUCCUUCCCGGAGAGUCCACCCUGCGCGGGAUCCCGGAUGCCCGGCUCUCGGACCUCCCUCCGGGCGGAGCUUCCUCCUCACCGCCACACUUAAGCUGAGGCGGCUCGGCCCCGUGGUGAGGCGUGGGCUUGAGUCCCGGUGACGCUAGUGUGUUCUGGCUGUGUUUUGCUCAGGGGACAAUGACAACUUCCAGUGUCCACCUGCACACUGGGCAGAAGAUGCCCCUCAUUGGUCUGGGCACCUGGAAGAGUGAGCCUGGCCAGGUCAAAGCAGCUGUGAAGUAUGCCCUUAGUGUGGGCUACCGCCACAUCGACUGUGCUGCUGUCUAUGGCAACGAGGCUGAGAUUGGGGAAGCCCUGAAGGAGAACGUAGGACCAGGCAAGGCAGUGGCUCGGGAGGAGCUCUUUGUGACAUCCAAGCUAUGGAACACCAAGCACCAUCCCGAGGAUGUGGAGCCUGCCCUCCGGAAGACGCUGGCUGACCUGCAGCUGGAGUAUCUGGACCUGUACCUGAUGCACUGGCCUUAUGCUUUUGAACGAGGAGACAACCCCUUCCCCAAGAACGCUGAUGGGACUGUGCGCUAUGAUUUCAUCGACUACAAGGAGACCUGGAAAGCAAUGGAGGCGCUAGUGGCGAAGGGGCUGGUGCGGGCACUGGGCCUGUCCAACUUCAACAGCCGGCAGAUCGACGACGUGCUCAGCGUGGCCUCGGUGCGCCCGGCUGUCUUGCAGGUGGAAUGCCACCCAUACCUGGCACAGAAUGAGCUCAUUGCCCACUGCCAUGCACGUGGCCUGGAGGUGACUGCCUAUAGCCCUUUGGGCUCUCCAGACCGUGCUUGGCGCGAUCCUAAUGAACCUGUCCUGCUGGAGGAACCUACCGUGCUGGCACUGGCUGAGAAGUAUGGCCGAUCUCCAGCUCAGAUCUUGCUCAGGUGGCAGGUGCAGCGGAAAGUCAUCUGCAUCCCCAAGAGUGUCACUCCUUCCCGCAUCCUGCAGAACAUCCAGGUGCUUGACUUCACCUUGAGCCCAGAAGAGAUGAAGCAACUGGAUGCCCUGAACAGGAAUUGGCGAUAUAUUGUGCCCAUGCUUACGGUGGAUGGCAAGAGAGUUCCCAGAGAUGCCGGACACCCUCUGUACCCCUUUAAUGACCCAUACUGAG